GAAAGAAAACGAAACAACGCCACCUGUUGGAGAAGAUAGAUUUUAGCCCUGUUAUCCCUCGCCCCUAACCUCUUCCUCUCUGCUGGAAAUUAAUACCUAGGGACAGUAAGUACUUCUUGUUGCAGUCCGAGUUGCGACACCGCUGAGUUGAACUGGCAGUUGCAGUUGGCAGUCCAAACUUCAUAGGUCACAAUGGAGAGCGUCGAAAGUGCAGCCAACAUGGAAUUGUCAACAACCUUUUCCCAGGUUGUAUUUCAGGAAAUCCCCCACUCCUACACGCCAAAUACUGCCGUGACUUGCUGCUACACUCUGACAGCAGCCAUUCAACAGAACCCCAGAGACUGGGUGGGGAUAUUUAAGGUGGGCUGGAGCACCACAAAGGAUUAUUACACAUUUGUGUGGAUAGAACCAUCAUUGGAUCUGAUAAAACAGGAUGCAAACAGAAAACAAGUGCUUUUUAGUGCAUACUACUUGCCAAAAGAUGAGGCAGAGUUCUAUCAGUUCUGCUAUAUUGAUAGCAACGGCCAAGUGAGAGGAGCCAGCACCCCAUUCUGCUUUAAAACCUCAGGGGAACAAAGCACAGACGGCAGCCUGGAAAACGACCUCUUGGUCAUCACAACACAGGAAAAGGUAGAGCAACGUGAGAGGGAGAAAGACGAGAUGGUCAUGGAGUUGGGGCAACUGAAAGAGCAAAAUGAGAUUUUGAGAGGAGUCCUGAAGGAGCAACAGCAAGAGAUUGAUUGCCUCAAGUUGUCUAACGACGAACUAUACAAGGCAGACAGGAACCUGGAGAAGCAGCAGCAGAAGUCAAGAGAGCAUGAACAACUGACACAGAAAGCUAAAUCAAUGGAAGACUCACACAAAGCACAGGAGGAACAGGUGGUGAAAAGUGAGAGGGUGAUAGAAGAGCUGGUCAUGGAGUUGGGGCAACUGAAAGAGCAAAAUGAGACUCUGACACGUGCCCUAAAGGAGCAACAUCAAGAGGUUGACCGCCUCAAGGAAUCCAAAGAGGAACUUGCACAGGUAGUGAGCAAACUGGAGCAACAGCAACAGAAUGCUAGAGAGCAUGAAGAACUGACACAGAAUGCCAAAUCAAUGGAUGAAUCACACACGGGACAGGAGUCUCUGACUCCUAUUUGUGAGAAAUAUGAACAAGCAUUGAGCAAGAUCAAACAGCUGAAGAAGGAGCGAGAGGAGUUGAAAGGAAAGGUUGAGGUUCAAAGUGUGGAGAUUGCACAGCUGAGCCCAAGGCUCAGAGAUUCUGAGCAGGAGUCUUACAGACUGAAGGAUCACAUUCAGCUUCUACAGGUGGAUCUCCAGAGCAGUGAGAAAGAGAAGGAGAAGCUUUCUGUGGAGCUGCGCAAACUGCGUGGUCUCACACAUGACCUGGAUGACUUGAAGACUGAGAACAAGGCCUUACACAGAAGCCUGUCAGAGCAGGGGCACCAGCCACAGCAGGAGAUGGCGGACAGUGAUUUGAAGGUGCAAUACCAAGCUCUUCUUGGCCAGCUGCAGGAGGCUCGGACACAGUUGCAAAAGGAGCUGCAGGCUUCCAACAACAUACGCAGACGUGCAGAGCAAUUAGAGGGGGAACUGGUGAAGGUCAAUGAGUGCACGAAUCUCAUAGCCAUGAGGUCUACACAGGCGGAGCAGAAAAGCUGCAAACUAGAGAUGCAACUUUUAGAGUUCCACAGAGUCAUUGAGGAGAAAGAAAGCAUGGCAGAGAUCGCUAAAGUAGAGAAAGAGGAGUUGUUCAGAGAAAAUCAGGAUCUCAAAAGAAAUGUUGAGAGACUUCGCAAGGAGUUUGCUGACAUCCAGGCUGCUCCAGUGUCCAUGCAGCAUCCCAACCCUUAUGGCUCUUCAACUGACCCCACCCCCACUGAGGAGCAGCAGCAAGAUACACUGGCUGCCUUUCUCCACUUUGGGAACCCUUAUGAGACCCCAGGCCCUGCGACAAACGUGGACGUGUUGUCCUUGACAUGUCGUCACUGCCAUGAGUGCUUCCCUGGCAUCACCCCGAAUGAGCUGGAGCUGCAUGAGGAGAGCCACAGAGUGUGCCCCUUUUGCACCCUCAUCUGUGACGGAAUGGAGCAGACCAAGUAUGAAGAACACGUCUACAGCCAUGAGUUGUAGGGAAGCCACAUCCUCACAACCCAGAGAGUUGACUACUCGUUAAAGAAAGCUGAUACCGUACUAAUUAUAUUUCUAAGAGGUGGGUGGGUGGGACAAAUAAACACAGACUAACAACCUAUCCACGACAUUGUAAGACAAACAUUUAUAGUCCCCUGUUUAUUACUGUUCUCUGACCUGGUAAAAUAAGGGUAGUGAAUUUAAUGUCUGGGAAAUCUGUAUCUAAUUGAAUUUGCCUGAAUUGAUCAUAUUGUUUUAGACACUUUGAUGGCUAGGGUUAGGGUUGACUGUUUAUUCUUAAUUUGCCUCCAUCGCUGAUGGAUUGCUAUUUAAUCGUUUCCUAUGUUUACUCUAGUGCUAUUAUUUCUUCUGAACUACUGUAUGUUUACUUGGGCUAACUUCACUAUAUGGAUUUUCCCCUUGAACCUGCCGCUAAAAUGUAAAUGAUGUGUUGCAUAAUAAAGUCAAAUGAUUAUUGGUCAAAUGAUGUCUCUGAUAAUGUAAGGGUUGAAAUGAGAUUCAUGUGGGAUGUUCAAGCAACAAAUAAAAGUUCUCUUCACA